AUGGUUGUAGCACCAAAAGUAGUUCGACCAGGAUUACCAUAUGCUGUUUCGGUAAACAUUUUGAACAGUACAGAAACCGAGCAUAUUGUUCGGGUGGAAAUUAGAAACGCGCAAAACGACACCAUUGGUGCAAAAGUGGUCAAUAAUGUUAAAACCGGUGUUCCGGUAACCGUAACAAUUGAAGAAUUACCAGUAGAGGUUUUGGUAAACGGCUUAUACAAAGUUUUUGUACGGGCUGAAACUGUUGGCUCAGAGGUAUUGUUCGAAAAAAGUGGAGAAAUCCUUUUUGACUCUAAAUCAUCGUCAGUUUUUGUGCAAACAGACAAAGCUGUUUACAAACCGGGAUCCAAAGUACACUAUCGAGUCAUCGUUGUCAGUCCAGACCUAACUCCAAAAACCGAUACCAUAUCAGUCAAAGUCUUGGAUCCGAAUCAGAAUAUUAUUACUCAACAAGUUGAUAAACCGCUAGUAAAAGUAUAUGUUGUUAAAGGUAUUUAUACCGAUGAGUUGGAAUUAGCAGCUGAACCUCCUCUUGGAGACUGGACGAUCAGCGUCGUCACCAGUAAAAAAGCAAAAGUGGAAAAGAUGUUCACAGUUGAAAAAUACGUCCUACCCAAAUUUGAAGUUAAUGUCAAACCACCAAGUUUCAUUACGCGAAACGACGAUCUCAGCGUUGUUAUUGAAGCCAAGUAUACAUAUGGCAAAGGAGUUGCUGGUAAAGCAAAAGUUACGCUUUUCAAACCGUGGUAUAAUUUUAGACCUCCUAUGCUACCACCCGAUCCUCAACCGCUGACGUACAUUCCCGACAGUACUAUUGAACGUACUGUGAAGCUGAACAGUAUGGGUGAAGCUACAGUUGUUUUCUCCAAUGAAGAAAUAAAGAAAUAUAACUUCAUUAAUGAAUACACUGGUUCUGGUGCAUUGAACAUCCUAGCUACAGUUUCAGAAGAGUUGACUGAAAUUCAGCGAAACGGUACCGCAGAGGUCUUGGCCUAUCCUCAUGACGUGCAUUUAAACAUUGAAAAACUGGGUUAUACUUUUAAGCCUGGAAUGAAUUACAAUUUUGUAAUAACACUUAAAAGAAUGGAUGAUACACCGGUUAAAGCCACCGUUCCAAAACGCAUUCAGGUGACCAGCAUAUUCAUGUACAAAGAUAAUUCGAGUGAAAGAUACUGGCGAGACGAACGGACAGUACGUAUAGUUGAACUGGAUUCACAGGGCAGUGUAGUCUACAGUGUUCAGCCACCGGCGAACGCUGUAAGGUUAGCAUUAGAGGUUUCUUAUGAUCGUCUUGGUGCAGACAACUUCACUGAAAACGCUAUAUACGACAAAGUUUUUGUUGAAGCUAGCAAAAGUCCAUCGCAGACUUUCAUACAAUUAAUAUCCGAUUACGAAGGGCCUAUUGAUGCUGGUAAAACAGUGUCGUUCACAUUAAAAGCAACAAAAACAUUAGAAACAAUAACAUAUCAAGUUAUUGCUCGUGGUUCUGUUGUAUUAUCUGAAACAACAAAAGUUGAUGGUGACCUAUCGACAAUAUCAUUUACGGCUUCUAGUCAGAUGGCGCCAAAAGCAAGAUUAGUGGUUUAUUCGAUAGUUCAACCUAACAAUGAAAUUAUUGUUUCGAUUUCAAUGGAUCGUAAUCAGGUGGAACCGGGUGAGAAGGUUAAGUUGACAGUAAAAGCUGAUCCCGAUUCAUCAGUGGGACUGUUGGCUGUCGACCAAAGCGUUUUGCUAUUGAAAAGUGGCAAUGACAUAACUAAAGAAAUGGUUGAACGUGACAUUGAACAGUACAGUACAGAUGCUCGUCAUGUUUGGGAGUCUCCAGCGUUGCCAUAUCGUAGGCGUCGUUCCUUCUGGUAUAACUGGAUGCGUUUGGAUGGACAAGAUGCAGCGUCAACUUUUGAGAAUGCCGGUCUACUAGUCCUUACUGAUGCAUACUUAUAUGAUAUGCGAGAAGAACAGCCAAGAGUUUUUUUUGCCACACAGUACAACUCGUUUGCUGUGGAUGAUUAUAGAAAGGCUGGAGCUGGAUUUGGGGCAGUGGCGGCUAAUACAAAUCGCAUACGUGUUCGUACAAAAUUUCAAGAAACCUGGAUUUGGUUAAACGAAUUAACGAAAAAGAAGGAAUUUGUUGACUUGUGGUUCGACUUGAACGAGGAGAAUUUCUUGCCAUCUCUUAUUACCAAUUCUAAAGGUACUGUGCCUGAAAUAUGCGAACCUCGACUACGUGAAAAGCUCUGGUAUGUAACACAGGCUUGCAGCGUUAUCCGUGCAGUUGCGUUUAGUUUAGCGUAUCAUCAGUUUCCUUUGCAGACAGCUUGGAAACUACAAGUCUUACUUUUGCGGCCUCCCGAUAAAACUUAA